CUUUGGUCAUCAACUUCCCUGAUCUACCUCAACAGCUGUUUAUCUAAACUUGCAGCCCCUGAGUUGUGCAGCACCUCACAGUGAGUAGGGGAAAGGAGACUUGAAAGUAGGACAGAGCAGUCUGGCCCCUUUCCUUUCCAACCAGAAGCACAGAUUUGUGACUGGAGGAGAGAAGAUACUAGUCUUGGGUGGCGAGAGAAAAGGAGAAGAGAUUUUUGUGCUGCAGUCACUGAGGAAAGAAGCCCCAAGGACACAGACCAGUGUGUCUACAUUGCAGAACAUCCAGUUUUAUUAAGGUUUCCUAUUUUGUCAGGGGGAAAAUAUUCACUGAACAGAAAUCUCACCACCUACGAACAUGCACAAGCGUACAAAGAUUAAGAUUGCCAUCUUUGUGCUGCUGGUGGGUAUGGCAUGCAUGUUCACGGCAGUGGUAACGGACCACUGGGCAGUUCUUAGCCCAAAGGUGGAGAAAGUCAAUGAGACCUGCGAGGCGGCUCACUUCGGCCUCUGGAGGCUGUGCAAGAAGUACAUCUACAUCAGCUCAGAAUACUACGACGAAGGGCACGGCUGCGGACCCAUCAGCCUGCCUGGAGAAGAAAAUUGCACUUACUUCAGGCACUUCACUCCAGGACAGGAUGCUGAGAUAUUUGAAUAUAAAACACAAAAAGAGUACAACAUCUCUGCUGCAGCCAUCUCCAUCUUCAGUCUGGCCUUCAUGAUCCUUGGCUCUCUUUGUGUGGUGGGCUCAUGUACUGGUACAGGCAAAAAAAGAGACUACCUCCUUAAACCUGCUGGCAUGUUUUUUGGAUUCGCAGGUCUCUGUGCUUUCAUCUCACUGGAGGUGAUGCGUCAGUCAGUGAAGCGCAUGAUCGAGAGCGAGGAGACAAUUUGGAUCGAAUACUACUACGGCUGGUCCUUUGCUUGUGCCUGCACUGGCUUUGUCCUCCUCUUUCUCUGUGGCAUUGCACUCUUGUUCCUCUCCAUGCCUCAGAUGCCCAGGAAUCCAUGGGAAACCUGCAUGGACGCCGAGCCCGAACAAGUUGAGUGAUAGCAAGACAUACGGACAAAUGCAGGAAAAGAAUGACUUGUCUUUUAUUUUGAAUACAGAUGUUAGAUUCAAUGACAUCAGCUUGUCAUCAGAGAAGAAACCAUAGUGUAAAGAGCGGUCCUUUGCAAUGCCUGCAAUUUCGUGGUGUAGGCCACAGUUGCUUAACACCUGCUCUACUCAUCACUAAGAGCUUACAUUUUACGACAUGGGAUUUGGUAGUAUUUUUUAAGAUAUUCCUUUUCCCCUCCAACUCAUGAUUUAGUGCUGGCAUGUUUUUAUUGGUGAAAAGUUACUGUAUUAUGACCGUGGUCUUACUAGUUCCCCUAUGUGUCACUCCUUAGUUUAAAAGACAAACAUUUUGAGCACUAAUGGCCUGACAUCCAGGUCAGGUGAUUUUAUGUACUGCAUUAUGUAUGAUAUCUUGUACAUAGCUAAUGUGCUUCUGUAUUUUUUAUGGCAUCACUCCAAGAAGCCCUCUUAUACUGUCAAUGAAGUCAUUUUUUAGCCUAUAGCUUAAACUGUAAAUCUUUAAUGAUAAAUAAAAGCAAAAAAACAUCCUUUAAAGUUAAAUAAUGGCACAUUAAGUCCAGAACUUGAUGAGUAAAGGAAAGCUUUGAGCAAACUACUUGCUCAGAGUCUGGGUGUAUGUGCGUCUGUAGCAAGCUGAAUGCUAAACACCCAAAGUCUGCAGCACCAGUCAUGUUGGAAAAGGUUCAGUUCUAGCAGGUGCACAUACAAGGCCUUGACAGCUUCCAUGCCAAACUGAUACAAAACAUGUCUCUGUUCAUUUUCAUGUGUUGUUAUGACCCAUUUGACCCAUGUGGCGAAUGUCCAUCUGCAUCUAUACACGCUGUUAGCAUAGAUAACAGGAAAAAAAGCCACAGAUUCAUGAUCUUUUACUGAAUUGUAUCCCUACAUGCAGAGUUUCAGAGAGAUGAGCGCCAAUUGAAAUUUAUUUCAGUUGUAAACGAUGUCACGCUGUGCAAUCACAUAAUGUGCAAGCGGCAAACGAACCGAGUGAAGGAGCUGCACUAUAUUUUCAGAUUAUGAGCACUGACUUUAGCUGAUGUUUACUUGCAGUUUAGAAUUCAGUUGUAACAGCGCAACAGUCCACAUUAAGGAGUGAACGUUGGUCAGUGACCACCCUAUUUGGUGGGGGAUUUGAACUAAAUUAGGUCACCUGGGUUUAAAAAGCAAAAAUGUACAGGCCAUUAUUAGAAUAAACCUUUUCUGUGUAGCCUGUACUGUGCGACUCAACCAAGGGGAUAUAAAAGAGAACAAGAAGCAUGAAGUUUGCAGACAGGCACUUGCAGAACUUCUCCUCUAAUGGGCUUUUUAAAAAAAAAUUUUUUUAAAUACAAUAUAAAAAGUCAGGUUAUAUAGCUGCUGACGUUAUGUGACACACUGAAGGGCUCUUAAAUAUUUGUUUUUACUUUUCUCAAAGUCACUCACGAAAUGGCUGCUAUCCUGUGCAAAUAGACUCGAGCAUCAAGGAGUUCAUAUUUUAGACCAUUUUGUGCUGACGUGUGGUGUAUCUGAAGAUCCACACUGUCAUUGUUCUGUCAGCCUUGCAUCCAUCUUUGCACAGAGGAGGAAAGAAUCCAGUUGUUUAUUUACUUUUAAAAUAAGUUUUCUUUGACUUGACUUUAAAGUUGUAUUGUCACUCAAAAAAAAAAAAAAAGUUCCAGUGGUUUAAAAUAGAGGCAGCUGUUGAUGUGAACCUCCUGUACUUGUAGUGUUUUUUUCACUGAAUGUGGCAUGCAGUAACAACUUUUGGAAUGCGUUAGAUUUUGAGUGUGUUUGUUAUAUACUGCUUUAUAGGUUUGUAAUAAAAAUUCAAUCUUGAAA